GAGUUCCUUAAAUCCAAAACUUCCCAAGACCUAAAACCAACACCUAAAGACCUAAAGACUUACAAGAACUAAAAGGACCUAAGAGGACCCAAAGGACCCAAAGGACCCAAAGGACCCAGAAAGACCUAAAAGACCUAAAGGACCCUAAAGACAGACCAGACCUUGGACCCAAGAUUCUUCAUAUCCCAUCUCAUCUCAUUAUAUCCAAUUCUUCAAUCAUGGUUCGACAGUUCUUUUGUUUGUCCCUCAAAGUUUUCUUCUCUUCGUCGUCGUCGUCGUUCUAGGAUCUCUUUCGAAUUGUAUUAGUCAGGUCUUGUUUGCGAUCGGAUACUUGAUUUCUCAUCAUCAUAUCCCAUUCUAACCUACACUAAGAGUGACUCUACUCUCUAAGUUUUCCGAUUUACCUUAAGCCUAUUCCUCGUUUUCUUCGCCUCCGCGCCACCCACCUUUACAUAUAGCGUCUUACGCCAGAAAUAAAACCUUAGAGUUUCGCUUGGACCGGCCUACCGUCUUCUUCCCUUGGUAACCUUGGUAACCUUGGUAAGGUGUUUUAGUGCAUUACGCAUAACGCCUUAACGCCUUACGUAUUGCAAUUGCCUUGACCUAUUCGUUCGCUCCCUUUUCUGCGCCAGGUCUCUUAUAUUUCUAUCUACCUCUCAUCAACUUAGCCACCGAUAGCUACCCAUUCGGUCGGCAUGGACAAGACCCCAGGAUCGCCUCGCAACGAUGCUAGCGCAGCUUCGACUCCUCCCAACGAGGAGCCUCAAAGUCCAGCUUCACCUGACCUUAACGCCGUGACGAGGAAGGAGAAGGGUCGGGUACGCUUCAACAGUAUCGCCGGAGUUGAGCCUCCAUCGUUUUUAGAUAUUUCUUCAGGUUUCUCAGCGUCACAGAGUCGACAUGAGUCUCCGUCGUUUCCUUCACGACCUAGGCCUUCCGUUUUGCGCGGGAACUCUUACAACUCAGUGACUAGCAUUCCUGAAUCCGUCGAUAACGAUGACCUUACCUCCGAGAAAGCCAUGUCGGCGCACGCGGCACAACAUCGUGCUCAGCAAGUGGCAGCCGGCCUGUUAGGUUCGCGAUCCGCCCCUGGAUCAGCAAGGACUUCUCUAGACUCCGAGGCAGACACAGUGAAUAGUGGUAAUGCUGGUGAAGUAGUCCCGGGAUUCGCUAACCCACCCCUCGAGGACUUCGCUAUACCGGUUCCGGAUAUCAAUGUUGAGCCUUCAGAGAAGACGGAGAAGGCUCGUUCCAGGGACCAGCGCAUGUCGAAAAUCGAGGCACGCAAUCUGGUCCAAUCCCACACGCAGAGGCAUACCAUGGGAGGGUAUCCCCCGGCGCCAACUCAUACUGCCCUGAGUUCUGGUCAACUGACACCCAUCGAUGGAUCGAAGCACGAACUAUACAUACCAGCACCUUCGGAAUAUCGCCCCAGUGUCUUAUCAAAUCUCCUAAAGCUAUACAAACCCGAAACAAGUCAAUCUCCUAACUAUGCACCCAGCCGGAAGUCUGAGGCCGGAAGUGAAUUCACCACACCUGGUUCUUCUGGUGUUACGACCCCGAAUCGACGGAAGUGGUAUGAAAAGAACCGGUCGCAAGACACCUUGGCCAAUUUGGUGGAAGCGUCUGCGCGCCUCGCGAGCGCCGGUGUUAGUGGCCCGGCAGCGGGUAGCUCAAAACCCAAGCGACCCAAACAUAGACGAAGCCCGAGUGGUCGAAUGCUUAGUUUUGGUCGACCACGGAUCGAAGAUGAGAUUCGUAUUACGAUGCAUAUUGCGGAGACACUAACUCGUCAAAAGUACAUCAUAAAGAUGUGCAAGGCUCUUAUGUUAUAUGGAGCCCCCACUCAUCGCCUUGAAGAGUAUUUACGAAUGACGGCAAGAGUACUCGAAAUCGAUGGCCAAUUCCUUUACUUACCCGGCUGCAUGAUUAUCUCCUUUGACGACCGUUCUACCCACACUACCGAGGUGAAGAUAGUACGGGCAAAUCAGGGUAUCGAUCUCGGGAAGCUCAGGGACGUCCACGAAAUAUAUAAACUAGUUCUCCACGAUAAGCUUGAUCUAGAAGAAGCCAUCAACUCUUUGUCAACUGUAAUGGAGAAGAAGGACAAAUUCCAUGCGUGGGUCAGAGUCUUGGUAUUCGGCUUAGCGAGCGCUACUGUCGCCCCUUUCGCAUUCGAUGGACAAUUUAUCGACCUUCCGAUUUGCUUCUUCCUAGGAUGUCUCGUUGGUACACUACAGAUCAUUGUCGCGCCAAAGUCCGACCUUUACAACAACGUAUUCGAGAUCAGCGCCGCCGUGUUGACGAGCUUUUUAAGCAGGGCAUUUGGUAGUAUUCAGGGUGGGACGCUGUUUUGUUUCUCGUCCCUAGCUCAAAGUUCUAUCGCCUUGAUUCUCCCCGGGUGGUUUGUCCUUUGCUCUGCUCUUGAACUUCAAUCCCGAGCCCUAGUGCCUGGGUCUAUCCGCAUGGUAUAUGCCAUCAUAUAUUCGCUGUUCCUCGGUUUUGGUAUCACGGUUGGUACUGCUCUCUACGGUUUAAUGGACCCUCACGCUACUUCGGCCACAACCUGCGCAAACCCGAUACCUACGUACUAUCGAUUUUUCUUUGUGCCGCUCUUUACCAUGUGUCUUGCUUUCGUCAAUCAGGCAAAGUGGAGACAAAUGCCAGCGAUGGUUGUCAUCGCCUUUGCUGGUUACGUCGUAAACUUCUUCAGCAGCCCCAAAUUCCACGCGAGUCCGCAAAUAGCCAACACAUUGGGUGCUUUUACAGUUGGUGUCCUAGCCAAUUUGUAUUCGAGGUUGAGACAUGGUGUUGCCGCCGCCGCCUUGUUGCCGGCUAUCUUCGUACAGGUGCCCAGUGGCCUGGCAGCGACAGGAAGUCUGUUGAGUGGGCUAAGUGCAGCCAACGAGAUUAAUAAUUCGACGGAAGUCGUGAAUGGUACUAGUACUGUCACGAUCGACACAAAUCAGCCACUAGAUACCAUUGUCUUUAAUGUAGCAGCCUCGAUGAUCCAAAUCGCUAUUGGCAUCACUGUGGGACUAUUCCUAAGUGCCUUGAUUGUCUAUCCACUAGGAAAGCGAAGAAGUGGCUUAUGGACCCUUUGAGGUUGUGCAACAUCUACUCUCCGUUGUUGGGUUGAAAGUUUAGGCGUCCGGGUGGCAGGGAAAAAAAUUGGUUUCGUCAAGCAAGCGAGUAUUGAAUUCUGAAAAAGCAACAAGUUAGAGGAUAGAAAUAGAUGGUGUCAUGGACAGCAUAUAGAGGUAUAUCAUAGAGGUAAUGCGGAGGUAAAUAGCCUCGCGGCCGGGGACUGAUAGAUGGAUGACACCAAAGAGGAGGCCCCCUUAUGACAUGUGAUAUGAGGUAUCAGCAUUUGCGACGGCGUUAAGGCUCCUUUUACUGCGAUAACAGGGCUGUUCAUUUUAUUAACCUGAUUAUCUUCCCGCGAUCAUUCUGCUUUGAGACUAAUCACUUCUUUACAUCAUAUACCCCCAACGAAGACGCGAGUCUCAAAUCAUGUAACAAAAUUCAUUAUAUGCAUAUAGGCGUUCAAAAGACUAU